AUGGCUUUGUUUGGCCUGGAGAUGCCUGUUUCAGGAGAACCACCAUUUGUCCGUCAGUUUGUUGUACUGCGGUGGCUUGAGUGCUACUGUGAUUCUGGGAUCUAUGCCACUAGUAGUUUCAAUGCCAGCAGGUUUCAAAUGAGUUUCCAGACUAAGACAGAUGAGGAAGAAGCUUUUGGAUCCAGCUAUCAAAUCCUAGAAGGUCCCAAGAAUGCAACAGUACUGGAGGGUUCAGAGGCCCACUUCAAUUGCACCGUGUCACAGGGCUGGUUGCUCAUUAUGUGGGCUUUGAAUGGUAUAGUGGUUCUGAGUCUCACACCCAAGGAGCCCAUCAUUACAAACAAACGCUUCACUUCUGCCAGUUACGAAGUGGAUGGUAACUUUGUAUCUGAGAUGAUCAUCCAUGAUGUGCAACCCAGCGAUGCAGGACACAUCAGAUGCAGCCUUCAGAACAGUGACCGGGAUGCCUCUGCCUUCCUUUCAGUCCAAGUUAUGGGAGAGCUGUUCAUUCCCAGUGGUGAUCUUGUGGUCACUGUUAGUGAGCCCUGUAAUGUUACUUGUCGUGCACGGGGCUGGGCGCCUCUCCCAGAUAUUACCUGGGAUAUUGGUGUUCCUGUAAGCCAUUCCAGCUAUGACUCUUUCCUGGAGCCUGAGGACCCUCAAAAUGCAGUGAGCAUUCUCUCUAUCACGCCACAAGGCAAUGGAACUUUGACUUGCGUGGCAAACGCGAAGGAUUUGCAUGUUCAUGUGUCUGCAGCUGUUAAUCUCACUGUGAUUGAGUCUCCUUUGGGCAAUACUGAUAAACCAUCAUUGCCUACCUGGGCAAUAAUUCUCCUUGCAGUAUCACUUUCAUUGCUUUUGAUCCUGAUAAUGAUUCUGAUUAUAAUAUUCUGCUGUGGUUGUAUCUCCAGAAAAGAGAAAAAAGACUCUAGUUAUCAAAGUGAAAUAAGGAAGUCUGCAAAUGUGAAAACAAACACAGAAAACACCGAGACAAAGACAAAAACUGGAAAUGAAAACUAUGGCUACAGUUCAGUGGAGUCAAGGACCACACAAAUGACAUCCUCCCUCCCUCCCAAGUCCAAAGAACUCAGUGUUCAGAAGCAACAUAGCAGCAGGCAUCCCUACCAGUGGUGCACGUUUUAUGCUCAUGAUGGAACAACAUUGUCUUUGCUCAUCUCUGUAUCAGUCACCUGUAUCAAUGCCUGGAGAGAAUGA